UGAUUGCUUAAUAGUACGUUAAUUGAAAUACUCGAGACAAAGGACCAAGAUUUCCAUGUUAUAUUGUACUAUUGAACAGUACUCAAGACGAAUCUUAUUUUGUACUAUAAAGUGUGAAGUCUGUUCUCGCAACAAAGACUUUUUGAAGAUUACGAUUUCAAAUUAAAAACUUUAAAAAACAGCUUUUACUUUUGCUUAUACAAAACUUCCUUGUUCACUUGCUGCUGCCCGGCGCUCUAUUGUGUGGUUUUUUACAAAAGAAUAAUUGUAUUGAAAAGCUUGAAAAGCUACUACAAGAUUAUUGCAAGAAGAUUUUAAAGCGAAAAUAUUUAUCUCGUCCAAUUACAGCAAUGUCUUUAACUAUACCAAAUAUCAUCGAAACGAAACGAGAUGGCAAACCAUUAAAUGAUGUCCAAAUCGACUUCAUGGUCAAAUCAAUCGCAGACAAAGAUAUCCACGACGUUCAGCUCGGGGCAUUUCUCAUGGCAGUCUAUUUGAAAGGCAUGAAUACGGAAGAGACUGUCAGCCUUACGAAAUCGAUGAUUAAACAUGGGGAAACACUAGAAUGGCCAAAAGAGUGGAAGCAUUUGGUUGUGGAUAAACACAGCACAGGGGGAGUUGGAGACAAAGUCAGCCUACCCUUAGCACCAGCCCUAGCAGCACUGGGUUUGAAAGUACCCAUGAUUUCUGGCCGAGGUCUAGGUUUUACAGGUGGCACCCUUGAUAAGCUUGAAUCAAUCCCUGGCUUCAAUAUCAACUUGACUACAGCCCAGAUAUGCCAAGCUGUCACAGAGGUUGGCUGCUGCAUUGCAGGCCAAACAAAAAAUAUUGUACCUGCCGACAAGGAGAUGUAUGCAGCACGUGAUGUGACAGCAACUGUUAGCUGUAUUCCCUUGGUUGUCGGUUCAAUUAUAGGAAAAAAAGCUGCAGAGAAUUUAACAGCUUUAGUGCUAGAUGUCAAAUGUGGGACUGCUGCUUUUAUGAAGAAUGAGAAGGAUGCUCGUGAGCUAGCUGAAUGGCUGGCAAACACUGCAAAUGGUCUUGGAAUUAGAACUACAGCAGUUCUGACAAAGAUGGAUGAACCAAUAGGAAUGAUGAUAGGCAACUCUCUGGAGGUUAUUGAGUCAAUCGAAUGUUUACAAGGCAAAGCACCAAAGGAUUUGGAGGAGCUGAUUUGUACACAGGGGGGAAAUUUAUUAGCCUCCAAAGGCAAAGCUGGCAGUCCUGAUGAAGGAUAUACUAUGAUAAAGCAAUCUCUAACUGAUGGCAGUGCAUUACAGAAGUUUCAGGAGAUGUUGGUAAUGCAAAAUGUUUCACCAGAAAUUGCAGAAAAAUUAUGUAACCCAAAUGCAAACCUCUGGGAAAUUUUGCCAAUUGAAAAAUGUAAAACUGAGCUGCUGGCUCCAAGUAAUGGCCUAGUUGCUUCGGUAAAUGCUUUAGCUGUUGCAAACGUUUUAACACAGCUAGGAGCAGGACGCUUGAAACCAACAGAUGCUGUGAAUCAUGGUGUAGGCUUGUUGUUGAAAACUUGUAAGGGAAAUUAUCUGCAGAAGGAUCAGGUUUGGGCUGUGUUGUACCAUUCAGACAAAUUGGUGGGUGAACAUCUAGCUGCUUUGAAUGGUGCUUUGAAGCUUGAACCAGGAGAUAGUAAGGAAAAGUCAAUUGAAUCAAGAAUUAUAGACAUAAUAAGACCAACAAUACAAUAAAUUAAUUUUCAAAUUUGUGGAUUUUACCAAGUGCU